CAAGAGCAGCACGAUUUUAUUGCCGAAGCUAAAGAGGCUGCUGAAAAGAAGAAAGAGCACGAUAAGCCAAGCACUAGUGUGGUGGCAGUUAUGACUGGAGAAGAGAAUGAUAUCAACAUUUUUCAGACUGCUUGCAAACUACACUCAUUUGACAAAGAGAAAAAGACAUGGGUUGAACGUGGGCUUUCACUAAUCAGGUUAAAUCAGAGGAAUGAAGAUGGAGAAGUGCAUCAUCGUAUUGUGGCUAGAACUACGGGUAAUCAUCGUGUUGUUAUCAACUCCAAAAUUCACGCGGAUAUGCUUUUCGAUCGAGUCGAUUCAAAACGAUUGAAAAUUAGUGCCACAUCUCCGGAUUCUAAUGCAAUGCAGAUAUUUCUUGUGACCAUUGGUUUCUCUAAAACUGCUUUGAAUAGUGAUGAGUUCUGUACCACUUUGGAGGGCCUUAUCAAGAAGGAAAAAGCUAACGAGGCUUUAAAGAGGAAGAGGAAGGCGAGCGACGAACACGAAACUGAAAAGGUUGCCAAGAUGAGAAUAAAGGGUAAGGACGGAUCAGAUGAAGAAGGUUCAACAGAGGAAAAUCGAGACGUGGUCUCUCCUUCGGUAGAAAGUGGGAAUGCUGAGGAAAAUCAGAGUCUUCAAGAUCUUUCGGCAGCAAAAGAUGAGGACACUAAAGCGAGUAGCUGUCCAGAAAGUUCAUCUGAAGGGAAGCAACAGCCGAUAAACACAGAAGAGACUGCUGCAUCUUCAGGAUAA